AUGCUGGGGUAUCUUUUGGAGGAUGGUACAGAAGAAUUAAGGAAGGAAGCACCUGGUCUAGCUCUGGAUGGACCGACUGAUCAACUGCCAGUUGCUGGAAGAAGGAACCGUCAGGGAGGGACCACUGUGGACUCCACGAACAAGGGCCGGCCCACCAGUGAACCGCCUGCACCACUAUUCGGUUCGGCCUGCACAAUCAGUGCCGGGUACUUAUCGCGACUUCAAUCAGUCAGAAUCACCGUCGACAACGCCACUUCCCGUAACAUCAUUUUGGUCAACUCCAAGUCUCUUGCGAAAUUGUAUCAGCAUAUUCGGCUCCUCGCCAGUCCUACCUUCCAUCGAGCCGUCCGAAAUGUACAUAAGAAAGUCCAUGAAGCAAGACAUGGCAAAGAUCCAGCGGAGAUGGGAGGCACAAAUAUCGACUCGCCGGGCGGAUCGCAAAUUCAGAGGUUUGCACAGAAUUUCAAGGAGGAGGUGAAAGAGCAGUUCUGGGGCGCAAAGAGGAAAUGA